AUGCCUCCUCCUCCCGCUGCCGUCCCCGGCGCACAAGAGCCGACCGUCUUCCAGAAGUUGCGAAUGGGCAUGUUGACGGGUGGUCUCGUUGGCUUGACCAUCGGCUUCAUCUUUGGCAACUUUGCCAUCCUCUCUGGCGGCGCCGGCAGGAAGGGCUACCUUCCCACCCUCUCGACCUACAUGCUCUCGUCAGGCGCGACCUUCGCCUUCUUCAUGUCAAUCGGUACCGUCAUCCGCACAGACGGCUUGACGAUGCGAGAGUGGGCAGAGAUGCAGGUCCGCGAGGGACGGGCACUCGGACUUCCUGCGGCGGGCACGGCGCGGUCUGGGAUGGUCCCGGCGGUCAGGGAGCGGAUGGAGUCGAGGGAGAAGCCUUGA